AUGGCACACCCCGAGCGUGUUCCGCUCUCCUCUAUCAAGACCCUUGUUCUUUAUGCCGACGAAUACACCACAUCACGAAGAACAUCUCCCCUUCCGCAGCUCGAAUGCACUGGCUCUGCAUGUCGUGAUUUCCAGCCUUCGUCCGUAUACUGCACCAAGACAACCGAUUCAGACUGGAAGUGCGAGGCAGAUCUACCUUCUUCCCUCCGUUUCGGCAAACUUCACGUCUCGUGUGAGGGCUGGGAUCGCCCAGGUGAUCCUCAUGUCCUUAAAGGAUCCUGUGGUCUAACCUAUUCCCUCGUGCGCACCCCCUUGGGAAAUUACCAUGCUCCAAACGCGGGCACGGAUUAUACCAGUACUGUACCUAUCAGGUCGGAGCUGGGGCAGUGGCACGCCUGGAGGUGGUCCACGAAAUGGGGUGGGGGCUGGCCAUGGCCAUGGGGAGGAGGGGGAAGAGGAGGGGGAGGACGUGGCGGCGGCCCUGGCUCAUCAAACGACGCUCCACCUCCAUACACCAAGUCUCGGUACAGGGGGGCUCGCCGCCGGGAUGUACCAUUACCUAACUCGGCCCCGAGACACUACUUAUCGGCCAGCGGCAACGCAUGGGACUGGGACCGCGCCAGCAUGUUCUCGUCCGGGACAUCCACAGGUCCUUAUCGUCCGGAAACUUCCGCGUUUCAAAGGCGCCAGGAGUACGAUGGCCAUGGGUUUGGCGCCGCGGGGGCCGGGAGCUCGACAGGGCCUGGCACGAGAUUGGGAGAGAUGAGACGCGCGACUGGGUAUGCUGGUACGUCUGUGCGGUGA